AUGGCAUCAGCCACGAAAGACGGCUGGUCUGCCAACCAGUACGUCAAAUUUCUCAACGAGCGAACGCAGCCCGCGGUUGAUCUGCUCUCGCGAGUCCCCGCAACUUCACCCAAGCGAGUCGUUGAUCUGGGCUGUGGUCCGGGCAACUCCACCGCUGUAUUGGCGGAGCGCUACCCAAAUGCGGAUCUGUCGGGGAUUGACUCCUCGCCCGACAUGAUUCGUAAGGCCAAGGAGACUCUGCCAAGCGUGGCUUUUGACGUUGCUGAUCUGCAAACGUACAAGCCUGAUGGACCUGUCGACGUGCUCUUCUCAAACGCUGUCCUUCAAUGGAUUCCAGCAGGCAGCCGAAUCCAGGUGAUUCGUCAACUCUUAGAGCAUCUUGCACCCGGCGGCUCUUUGGCAGUCCAGGUGCCCUUCAACCUAUCAGAGCCUUCGCACGUCGCCAUGAAAGAAACGGCCUUUGCGCCCAACAUGCCCUGGGCAGAAAAGCUCAAGGCUGCAAACCCCGUCCGAGAAGAAUUCCCCGACCCAUCUGAGCUCUACGACGGACUGAAGCAUCUUUGUGCCGACCUGACAAUCUGGAAGACGACAUACUAUCACACCAUGGAGAACCACGAGGGCAUUGUUGAAUGGGUCAAGGGUACAGGCCUCCGCCCCUUCCUCGACCCUCUGACCGAACCAGAGCGCAAAGAGUACAGUGAGCAGUACUUGGCGAGGUUGAGAGACGUGUAUCCUACGCAAAAGGACGGAAAGGCCUGCGAGUACUGUCGUCAGAAAAAAACAAGAUGUGAUGAAGAUUUUCCCUGUGGCCUAUGCAGGUCGCUUGGAAUACCAUGUCGCUUCGCCCAAAGGAAAGCUACGAGAAAUGAAGCCUCCUUGGGCAUGAUUGUGAAUAUCCUGCGGCGCAUCGAGGGAAAGAUUGACGAGGAUAGAGCCGUCGACAGAACUUCUCUGACUGAUAACCGAUUGAACGCCACACAUUCGAGGACGAUUCUCCCGAGGUCACCUGCAAACUCGAGCGAAAUCUUAGGCGUACCAUCCUUCCUGCAGCGACGCGAAUCAGUUGUCGCAAUACCUACCUCGGCCACAGACUCAAGCCCGCCAAUAUCAUUCAGCGCUCACCAAGUCCUUUUCUGGCCCGCCAUUCAAUCAGCACUACCAGAAUCCGUCAAACUCUUGUGCCAAGUCAAUGGCUCUGACUAUAGCACACGUUUGGAAGCAUCCCGACCAAACCUGCAGCUCCCGACAUCGCCAGACCUGCAAUCUGAUUGGCUGUCGGGCUUGAGUGUCGCGACUUUGAAGGAGCUGUCUGAUGUCUACUUUUCAACAUUCAACCUCGCCAACCCUAUUCUGGAUCAAAAGACCUACUUCCAGCGAACGUUGGGUGUCGCUAUCGAUGGCAACUUUGGCAUCUGCAUAGAAAGCUGUAUAGUGCUGGUUGUGAUGGCGCUGGGCGUAAUCGGCCAAAAGGCGUUGGUGGAAGGAGGCUUCGCAUCAGCCACGACUCCUGGAACCUCGGGGCUUGCUGGGGUCCAGGAUGGAGACAUGCCAGGCUUGGCAUUUUUCAACGAGGCCAGAAAGCGACUGGGGUUUUUGAUAUGCGACCAAGGGCUUCAGGCCUGUCAAUUCUACUUGCUAUCUGGCCUUUCCAGGGAUCGUGACGAGUGGAUGCUUGAUAUGCAGUCACGGCUUUUCUGGAUCACAAGCAUGUUUGAAGCCGUUCUUACCCAAGAGCUCAAUCUUCCACCGAGCAACUCGCUGGAGCUUGAAGAGCACAUUGCUCUGCCAAAGUUUAUAUCAGUCGAGGACAUCCCCUCAUUUGGGUCCUUCCGUUAUCCGGGAGAUGAUCCAUUCUUCCACUAUCACUUUUUGUCACAGCUUGCCCAUCGACUUAUCCUAACGCGAGCCCGCAACAGUCUGUUUCAUUCAAGCCCAACCGCCGACUAUCCUCCGGAACCCGUGGAAGAUGAACUCAUUCGACAGCUGGAGCAAUGGCGUCAAAGGCUGCCCCCGAUGCUACAGUUUGACCCUAAGGCCCCACUGAGCCGGGCAGAUUCACCUUCAGAUAUUCUUGUGACUGCUUGGCUUCACUGUCGUUACUUUGUUGCAAGAUAUCACAUCGGCCGGCCGUUGUUACUCUUUGGCCAAAUAUGCGUCAUCUUCGCCUUGAGCGUGUCUCCAUAUCAGCACAUCCGAGAUAUUGUGUCGGACGUUGACUUGAAGUGGAAGUCAUUUGCGCUCGGCUACCUGGAGGAGUCUGCUGCUCAGAGUCCUACUAUUGAGCAGGACUAUCAGAUUGCCAAGAUAUUAUGUGAAGAUAUAUGUAAAAGUUAG